CGCCUACCGCUUCGCCUUUCUCCUUUGUUGCACACACACGACCAACUUCCUCCUCCUCUUGCUACCUACCUGACCUCCUCCCUACUCACUCCCUCCUUCCUUUCCCCGCGUGUCAAACACCGUCGCUCCUUCCCCACCUAUUGCCCUUCCUUCCUUCCUUCCUCCUCCCCGCCUGCUGUCUGCACGUUCCGCUGGUAGGACUCCGACAACAUGGCGUACCCAGGAGGUCAAGGACAUGCAGGCUACGAUCAUUAUCACGAACAGACCCAAUACGGUUAUCCUCCCCCACUCCACGAUGACGAACAGCAAGCCGCUUUGUUACAUCAACCCCCUCAAGGCCCAUUCCACGGCCCCUUCGAUGAGCCCACCGGCGCCAUCACCCCCGGCGGACAUGAGCCGACCGGCUAUCAUCUUGAAGAGUCCUACACUGGCGGCACUCAGCAUGCACCCCCAUACAAUGGAUACCACGAACAGGGGCACGACUACUACAACAACGGCAUGCCUCCCAAUCCGCCCUUCUCCCAAGGCCCGCCCCGCCCAAGUGAUUAUGCCCAGAGUGAGACUGCCGCCUCCGACGCCUGGGUGCAGCGACAGAACCCCAUGCAGAGCAACGCGGCCAACAUGAAGCGAAGUGCCACCCGCAAGCGUAAGCUCGUGCAAGGCGCCGUCCUGAGUGCCGAUUACCCCGUCCCCUCCGCCAUCCAGAACGCCGUGCAAGCCAAGUACCGCAACGACUUGGAGAGCGGCAGUGAAGAAUUCACCCACCUGCGCUACACCGCCGCCACCUGCGACCCCGACGACUUCACCCUCAACAACGGCUACAACCUGCGCCCCGCCAUGUACAACCGUCUCACCGAGCUCCUCAUCGCUAUAACAUACUACAACGAGGACAAGGUGCUCACCUCGCGCACCCUGCAUGGCGUCAUGCAGAACAUCCGCGAUAUUGUCAACCUCAAGAAGAGCGAGUUCUGGAACAAGGGCGGCCCGGCGUGGCAGAAAAUCGUCGUGUGCUUGGUCUUUGACGGUAUUGAUCCGUGUGACAAGGGCGUCUUGGAUGUCCUUGCCACCAUUGGUAUCUACCAAGACGGCAUCAUGAAGAAAGACAUUGACGGCAAAGAGACGGUGGCACACAUCUUCGAGUACACCACGCAAUUGUCCGUCACGCCGAACCAGCAGCUCAUCCGCCCUGUCGACGAUGGCUCCUCCACCCUCCCUCCUGUCCAAUUCAUCUUCUGCUUGAAACAGAAGAAUAGCAAAAAGAUCAACUCCCACAGAUGGCUCUUCAACGCCUUUGGCCGCAUCCUCAACCCCGAGGUCUGCAUCCUCCUCGAUGCCGGAACGAAGCCCGGCCACAAAUCCCUCCUCGCCCUUUGGGAGGCAUUCUACAACGACCGGGAUCUUGGUGGAGCGUGUGGUGAAAUCCAUGCCUUGCUGGGUCGAGGCUGGAAGAAUCUGCUCAACCCUCUGGUGGCUGCACAAAAUUUUGAGUACAAAAUCUCCAAUAUUCUGGACAAGCCACUCGAAUCGUCGUUCGGAUAUGUGUCGGUGCUUCCCGGUGCUUUCUCCGCCUACAAAUACCGCGCAAUCGUGGGCCGCCCGCUCGAGCAGUACUUCCACGGUGACCACACCCUUGCCAAGAAGCUGGGACCGAAGGGCAUCGAAGGGAUGAACAUCUUCAAAAAGAACAUGUUCUUGGCCGAGGAUCGCAUCCUGUGUUUCGAACUGGUCGCCAAAGCUGGAUGCAAAUGGCAUUUGACCUAUGUCAAGUCGGCCAAGGGCGAGACCGAUGUUCCUGAAGGAGCGCCCGAGUUCAUCGGACAGCGCAGAAGAUGGCUGAAUGGCUCCUUUGCCGCCACCCUCUACUCCCUCAUGCACUUCACCCGCAUGUAUCGCUCCGGCCACAACAUCAUCCGCAUGUUCUUCUUCCACAUCCAAUUCUGCUACAACAUCUUCUCGACAUUCCUGAGCUGGUUUACAUUAGCGUCGUACUGGCUCACCACCAUUGUCAUAAUAGACUUGGUUGGCAAGGCCCCGUCGACUUCUAAUGGCGGCCGAGCGUGGCCUUUCGGAAACACCGCGACGCCCAUCGUCAACACCGUGAUCCAAUACCUCUAUCUUGCCUUCCUUCUCCUCCAAUUCAUCCUCGCGCUGGGCAAUCGACCAAAGGGAAGCAAAUGGAGCUACAUCAUGUCCUUUUGCUUCUUCGGCCUCGUGCAAAUCUACGUCAUCGUCGAUUCCCUCUACCUCGUCGUCAUCGCCUUCUCGCACGGCCUGGGAUUCACUGGUGAAAGCGCGGACGAGGUCUUCAGGUCCUUCUUCUCCACCGGUGGCACGGGAAUCAUCAUCGUCGCCCUCGCCGCCACCUUUGGCCUCUACUUCGUCGCCUCCUUCCUCUACCUCGACCCCUGGCAUAUGUUCACCUCCUUCGGCCAGUACCUGCUGCUCAUGUCCUCCUACAUCAACGUCCUCAUGGUCUACGCCUUCAGCAACUGGCACGACGUCUCGUGGGGCACCAAAGGCUCCGACAAAGCCGACGCCCUGCCGUCCGCACAGGUGCAAAAAGCCAGCGACGGCAAGGGCAAAGUCGUGGAAGAAGUCGACCUCACGCAAGCCGACGUGGACCUGCAGUUCGAACGGACGGUCAAGCGCGCGCUCGCGCCGUACGUCGCGCCCAAGGAGAAGUCAGAAAAGACGCUCGAGGAUUCGUACAAGUCUUUCCGCACGCGCUUGGUCUCGCUGUGGAUCUUCUCCAAUGCUCUUCUCGCCAUUCUCAUCACGUCGCAGAGCGCGUCUGAGUUUGGGUUCACGAGCGGCGCAACGACGCGCACCGCGGACUUCUUCCAUGCUCUUCUGCUUUGCACGGCUGUGUUGUCACUCAUUCGGUUUACGGGGUGCGUGUGGUUUUUGGGCAAGAGUGGGCUGCUGUGUUGUUUUGCUAGGAGGUAGGGGGGUCUUCCUUGCCUGGUUACGGCCUUAGGACAGGUCUCCUUUCACACUGGACUUGUGAUUGUGUUCGACCUUUGCUUUAUUGAGAUACCUUUGGAGCACUGCUUUGAUGAGUGCUGGUUGUGUAUGCGGGAGGAUGAGAACCUGGUAGCAUCAAUUGAAUCUCUUCCACCGCGUCAUUA